AUGGACGUGUCUGGUCUUGUCAAUUUGUUCACAGCAACAUACUCUGUUGACCAGAAUGUGCGAAUGACGGCAGAGAUCGAGAUCCACAAGGUGGCAUCCCACGAAAGCUUUAUACCCGCUGUGAUGCAGAUUAUUAGCGCCACGGAUGUGUCUCUUGCAACGCGUCAGGCUGCUGCAGUCUACCUCAAGAACAGCUUCACCUCCGGCCUAGGAGAAGAUUCCGCCAACACCCAAAAGACCAUCGCUGUCCUCAAGUCUUCUAUCCUGCCAUUGAUUGGUUCUUCUCCAUCACAUUCUAUCACCUCUAUUUUACGGACAACGUUGGGAUACUUGGUGAAAGCAACGUGGCCAGAGGAAUGGCCAGAGCUUGAAACGGAUGUGCGGAAGUUGCUGGCGAGCGGAAGAGGCCGAGAGAUAUUUGUCGGCUUAAUAUCCUUGCUCGAAAUGUUGAAGGCAUUUCGCUACAGCAGCAGCCCGCAUGUAGCGAACGUCACCGCCAAUAUUUUCCCCUUGCUCCAUCCCCUCGCAACCAAGGCGCUCACUGCUCAUCCUUCUACCGAUAAAGCGGAGAUAUUACACUUGGUGGUGAAGUGCUACUGGAUGUCCAUCCAGCAGGAUCUCGCCGUGUGCCUCCAAGCACCCGAAGGUAUCAUGCCAUGGGGGACACUCUUCCUCCAGAUUGUGUCUCAUCAAGUACCUCUGUCUGUGCAGGGUGCGUCACCUGAUGAUUUAGAUGAUUUGGCUGGAACGCCAUAUUGGAAAGCGAAGAAGUGGGCAUUUCGUGUGUUGAACCGCUUGUUCAGAAAAUACGGAAAUCCAUCUCAAUUGCCCGCAAUAUACAAGAAAGAAUAUACGCCAUUUGCGACCAAGUUCAUCGGAUUAUUUGCCCCCGAAAUUCUGCGUCGUUAUCUAGCCCAACUCGAGCUCUACGUCAGCGCCCAGCAAAGAAACAAUUGGGAACAAGGCUGGAUGACCGACCGUUGCUUAUGUCUAAUUCUUGAUUUCCUGACUGAGAGCAUCAAGCCGAAGUCGACUUGGGAACUCUUGAAGCCGCAUGUGCCUGAUCUCAUCCGGCACUUUGUCUACCCCAUCCUCCGGUUCACCACGCGAAGAGCCGAGCUCUGGGAAGCCGAUCCUGUUACGUUCGUUCAGGAAUCGCUUGGCAACUUCGAGGACCUAGGUUGGCCGGAUCCACACGCGUGUGGUUUCCUUCUGGGGCUCGCACGAAGUCGCUCAAAGUCUUCCUAUCAAAUUAUUCUCACGCACAUAUCGGAUAUUCUUGGCCAAUACCCCGGCUCGCAAGGCCCAGAAUCUAAGUAUGGUGUUCUGACAAUGAUUAUGGCUCUGGACGAUAUUUUCGUGAACCACCCCCUAUCCAAGGGCCAUGUCAAUGACAUCCUAACCCAGCAUAUAAUACCGGAGCUGACAAGCCCUCAUGCCUAUAUGCGCAGCAUCGCUUGCGACGUCAUCACGAAGUUUGAGGAGAACGGCGUUUCCUGGGUUGACGGUCAACUCUUGAAUACUUUCCAGAUAGUCAUGGGUGCCAUGCGGGAUGCCGAAUUGCCCGUCCGAGUGAAUGCAUCCUUUGCAUUUUCCAGUCUAAUGGAGCAACCGGAAGUACGACCAUUGAUUGCACCGCAUAUUGGAGAAAUUAUACAAGCAUUCCUUAAGCUCUCGGAUGAGCUGGGGUUGGACACUUUGUCUGCUGCAUUGGAUAAUGUUGUGGCCUACUUCGCCGAUGAAUUAAAGCAGCUAGCACUUCCGAUUAUUGUGCAUCUGUGCGGAUCCUAUAACACCCUUUUCAGUCAGAUAGAGGACGCUCGUGCCCUAGGGGAAGAGAACAACGAUGAUGAGAUAACGGAUAAGACAAUGGCUGCCAUAGGGGUUCUUCGUACGAUUGGAGUGAUCAUCGACUCACAGAAAGAUUCCCCGGACCUGCUUAAAGCUAUACAAAUGACAGUAUUGCCUAUCAUCCUCCGUACCUUAGAGCAGGGCAAUGUUGACAUGUUCGACGAGAUCUACACACUUACCGAUUCUCUCCUCACACAACUAAACAAUAUAUCCUCGUACAUGUGGCAAGUCUUCGAAGCAACAUACAAAGCAUUCAAGAUCCUGGCUGUAGAUUAUUUUGAAGACAUGAUGCCUGUCAUAAGUUUCUUCAUCGAGCACGGAGUUCAGGCAUUUAGCGAACGGCCCGAUUAUUGUGCUAUGAUCGUUGAUAUGUUCCGGACGAUUGCAUUUGAAGACAGUGCAGGUGCAUGGGACCGCAGAGCUGUCUCCAUGAUUGCAGAGACUUUCAUCAUGCAAUCACCUGGGCUGCUCAAUCAGUCUGUUGCCCAACUUGUUGAAGCAACCAUUCGCAUACUGAUCCUUGACGGCGAAGAUUCCCCUCAACGAACGCAAAAAGUCAACGUGUUGCUCUCCCUUCUCGCGGUCUAUCCCACGGAGACACUCAUUGCACUGGAGGCAACUGAAAAAACUUCUUGGGCAUUUGAACAGUGGCUUCACGAAGUACCGAAACUAGCGCGGGUACACGAUUUGCAAUUGAUUAUCGUAAUGGUUUCCCGGCUGAUGGACCUGCCUUCGGAACAAGUACCCCCGCCGGCAGCCAGCUUAUGGCCAAUCAUAUUGAGCAACGCCUUGCGUUGUUUCACGGCCCUACCAGCGGCUGAACAGAAGCGGGAGGAGAUUGCCAGGAAGCUGCUGGAGGAAGACGUUGAUGAGAUGGAGGAUGAAGAUGAAGAUGAUCACGAUGAUGCCAGCAUGGAAGAGGACGAGGAACAUGCAUAUGACCAUGCAGAGGAUGAGGAUGGCGAUGUGAUUGACGAGGAGACCGAGUACAUAAACCAACUGGCGGAAGAAGCCGCUCGCUUGCGAGCCAAGUCGGCUGCCAUUCUAGCCGGGCAGCCGAUACCAGCUUCAGAAUUGCCAGAUGAAGACGAUGACGAUGAAGAAGAGGAGGAAGACUGGUUCUUUGAGACUGCCGUCGACAAGGUCGACCCUUACAUCAAAUUCGCAGCGUCGUUACAUGCGUUCCAAACAUCAAACCCUCAAGCGUAUGUCGCUGCAACUAGUGGGGUCGGGCAAGAGGGUCAGGUCGCUCUGAUGGAGAUCGGAAAGAAGGCUCUGGAACGCUCCGCCAGUUGA